AAUCCCUGGAGUGGGGGGCGUGGCUUGCGUCUUGGGGCGGAGGGCAGACGUGCCCACGCAGGAGGAGAGGGGCUUACCCGGUGUUCGUAAGGCCCUGCCUACUGGUUGGGCCCGGGCGGUAACGGGGCGUGGUGCGGUAGGGUAGGGGCCGGACUUGGAUCCCUCCGGGGGCGGGGGCCUGCUCGGUUCCUUGGGAUUUGAGUCCGCUGGUAUAGCUCGGACAUGGAGGCUAGCUGGUCCUCUGCCUUCUACUACGUCCUCCUGGCCUGCGGAACCCUGGGGACCAUCUCGCUCGGAGUCGCCUAUCGCUUUGGCCUCCUCUACCAGCUCCUGCACCAGGUGGACAAAUCUAGUUCUCGGUAUGGUGGGGAGAAUGUGGCAUCAGUGCUGAAAGCCCAUGGCAUUCGAUUCAUCUUUACAUUGGUGGGUGGACACAUUUCUCCAUUGCUGGUGGCAGCUGAGAAACUGGGCAUCCGGGUGGUAGAUACACGUCAGGAAGCCACGGCAGUGUUUGCUGCUGAUGCUGUGGCCCGGCUUUCAGGGACAGUGGGUGUUGCUGCAGUGACUGCGGGGCCUGGCCUUACUAACGCAGUUACUGCUGUGAAGAAUGCCCAGAUGGCCCAGUCCCCUGUGCUGCUUCUGGGAGGGGCAGCCAGCACAUUGCUGCAGGGCCGGGGGCCACUUCAAGGCAUCGACCAGAUGUCUCUGUUCCGGCCACUCUGCAAGUUCUGUGCUUCUGUGCACCGGGUACGUGACAUCAUCCCUACUCUUCGGGCUGCACUUGCUGCUGCCCAGUCUGGUACCCCAGGCCCUGUAUUUGUGGAGCUUCCCAUCGAUGUGCUCUACCCUUACUUCUUGGUGCAGAGGGAGGUGAUGCCCUCCAAGAGCAAACCCCCCAAGAGCCUCAUAGGAAAGCUUGUCUCCUGGUACCUGGAGAACCACUUGGCUAAUCUGUUUGCAGGGGCCUGGGAGCCACAACCUGAGGGCCCCCUUCCCCUGAAUAUUCCUCAGGCCUCUUCCCAGCAGGUUCAGCGCUGUGUGGAACUUGUGAGUCGAGCCAAGAAGCCCCUCUUGUUGCUGGGAAGCCAGGCCUUGCUGCCCCCCACCCCAGCUGAGAGCCUCCGAAUUGCAGUGGAGUCUCUGGGUAUCCCUUGCUUCCUGGGAGGGAUGUCAAGGGGACUUCUGGGCCGGAACAGCCCCAUUCACAUCAGGCAAAAUCGUCGUGAUGCACUGAAGGAGGCUGAUGUUGUCAUCUUAGCAGGUGCUGUGUGUGAUUUCCGUCUGUCCUAUGGCCGUGUCUUAAGCCACAGCAGUAAAAUUAUUGCUGUCAAUCGUGAUCGUGAACAGUUGUUGCUCAACUCUGACCUCUUCUGGAAGCCUCAGGAAGCAGUGCAAGGGGAUGUAGGCUCCUUUCUGCUAAGGCUAUCAGAAGGGCUCCGGGGACAGACGUGGAACCAAGAAUGGAUUGAGCAGCUUCAAAAGGCUGACCAGCAGAAAGAACAGACCAAUCGAGAAAAGGGAGCAGAACCCACAGCCCACCACUUGAACCCACUUUGGGUAUUGGAGCUGGUCGAGAAGACUCUGCCAGAUAAUUCAGUGCUGGUGGCAGAUGGUGGAGAUUUUGUGGGCAGUGCUGCUUAUCUGGUCCGACCCCGAGGCCCUUUGCGCUGGCUUGAUCCUGGAGCAUUUGGGACUUUGGGAGUAGGAGGAGGAUUUGCACUUGGUGCCAAGCUGUGCCGCCCAGAUGCAGAGGUGUGGGUCCUCUUUGGCGAUGGUGCCCUUGGCUACAGUAUCAUUGAGUUUGAUACCUUUGCCAGACACAAGGUUCCUAUUAUAGCUGUGGUGGGGAAUGAUGCGUGUUGGACCCAGAUCUCCAGGGAGCAGGUGCCCAUUCUUGGCAGUAAUGUGGCCUGUGGUCUGGCUUACACUGAUUACCAUGUGGUGGCAGAAGGACUGGGGUCUAAGGGCUUACUGCUGUCAAGGGAGAAUGAGGAGAAGGCUGAAGAGGUGCUUCAUACUGCCCAGCAGCUGUGUCGUAAGGGCCAGCCUGUCCUUAUUAAUGUUCUCAUUGGAAAGUCGGACUUCAGGGAUGGUUCCAUUUCUGUGUAGGAGGACUUAUUAAUCUAUCACCUUGUGCCCUGAUCACCCUAUGCCACCUGUUAGACUCAUUUUGCCUUUCCCCCUUUUUCAGAGGGUCCUGUUUCAGACAAUAUAAAGAGUGGGAAUGGAAUAGUGGGAAGGGAGGAGGACACCUGAGAAUGGAAUCCAUUCUUAGAGGUGUGCCCUGAGGUGGUAAGCUCAGUUUCUCUCACUAGAUUGAGUUGAAGCAGCCCUGGAGGUGAUCAUGCUCUCUUUUCCUAUGAACCUUGGUUCAAUAAACAUCUCAUCUAGGCCAUUGGUGGCCCAAGGAUUCA